AUGGUAGAUGCAGGUGAAACGCAAAAUGCGGUUGCAACGGAGAAUAUGAACUUUGAAUCUAGCUCUUCUAGUGAGCGUUUGGACGAGUUGGUAAAACGUAUUGUUUGUGGGAAGUUGCGAGGGGAGCUUCCCGACGGCUUCCUGUCAGUAAUGAAGGAUCUUCCAGAUGAACUACUGAUGAAGAUUUGUGAAUAUUCUGAAGAGCGACUUUUCAUGCGUUUGGUUUGCAAGCGAUGGCUUCAUCUAUGGGAACGUUGCCGCGAAAACAAGCUUGUCGUAGAAAGCGUUCGUUUGCAGCGAAUAGCAGGCGGAAAAUUGAAGAUGUCUGUUAACGUGGGUCAGGUCUGGGGUAGCCGGUCAAGGGACUAUGAGUGUGUUAACAAUCCCGAAGUAGUUCGGCGUAUAUUAUCUCUUGUUUCUUUAAGAAAGGAAGCGCCUUAUUAUCACGAGAUUUAUUGGCCUCUACUUGUUCUCUCAGACGGUAUGACGGACCCUAGUUUGUUAAAAAUUAUAUCUUCGCAAAACUGGGAACCGUCAGCAAUCGUCUUAACUGGGCAACAUGAUAUAUUGUCUGAGAAGCAGCUUUUGGAAUUUUUGACGAACCAGCGUUUUGCUGGUAAAGCAGGCCACUGUAUAGUUAUACAGCACCCAUUUGUUGCGGAAAAGUUUAGCGUUGACAAGCUGAUCGAAUUAUCUAAGGGUUUGGUUGAAGAGUUAGUUCUGUUUAAAUCGGCUUCAGCUCCGCCUGGGUCAUCCGCGGUGGAAGUUACGGAUAGAGGUUUACAUGAUUUUGCCGAGUACGGACGUUGUAUAUACUUUCCUUCAAAUAAGAAUGUGUCUCUUUCGGGGAUUCAGGAUUUUAUAAAAUGUAAAUCGAGUAUAUUUCAUGUUUUUCUACAAAGGAGGCUCAAAGAAAACGAAUGUGAUUACGCUGGCGAACUUUGCACUACAGUUUCGGAUGUGAUUAAUGCAACUAAUAUUGCAAAAUUAUCGCCGAGUUUCGAUGGAGUUGAGUUAAAAGUAGAAUAUCGCCAUGGCGAGGAACAAUACGGCUCUGUGGAUUCUGUGAAGGCGGCAGGGACAGGCGUCAUAGUUUAUUCUUGCGCGAGGGACUUAUUAUUGGUUCGUAUCAUGUCAGUACAGGAUUACUCUGAAAAAGUUGCCAACUAUCGGAAAAUGAGUGUCCCUACUAAUCAUUCUUGGAUAAUAAGUGACUCAGAAAUUGAUUCGCUGGGCGAUGGGGACGAAUUUGACUACAAUGGCGUGAGCGAUUAUGAUUUUAGUUUUGAUUAUGAUUAUGAUUACGAUUACGAAUAUGAAGAGUCUGAACAUUAUGGUGAAAUGGUCUCCUCAGAUUAA